UUAUAUCAAUUCUAUAAGUUUAUAGUAAAAUUUUAAUAUGCAAAAACUAUAAUGUCCAUCAAAUUUUUUUACAAUUUUCCGCAAAUUGCACGCGAAGCAGGAUUUAAAUUACAUCUCUACAAUGAUGGCUUCAUGGAUUGGCGUCACUUAGGCACCAUCGAAAUAGAACGAGUACUGCGGGAACAAAAUUUGGAACAAAUAGAUGGAUUGCUAAAUCAUCUUUCCGAAGCACCUUUAGGCUCAAUAUUGAAUUCACACAUUCUGGAUAAUGGAAUUGCAAAAUAUUUUAUAUUCUUACAAUUCGCCAUUCAAUAUUUAUUAUUUUGUCGUAAUUUUUUGGAUGAAACCGUAGUGGAUCUACGUGAAGCCCAUGCGAAAUCUCAAAUUGAACUAGCAAAAUUAAAAACUUCACACGCCGAUGCAAAUAAUGAAUUACUCCAAUUGCAGAAGAAAAUAACACAAAUGGAAGCAAUACACGAAGUUAUUUAUCCAUGUCACCUGUGCACCAAGAAUUUUAUCAGUAAUGAGGCACUUAAUUUGCAUAUCAGUCGUAAGCAUUGUAACACUGGGAAGAUUUUCAUAGAUAAGAAGAAACCAAUGCCUACCACGAAAGACAUCGAUAAUGAUAUGCAAUUAAUUAAUGCAAUUAAAUUUGAAUUAGAGAUAAAACAACUGAAAGAACGUUUGAACGUAGCAGAGAAAGAAAUUAGAGAACGCAAGAAGGAAAACGUUAAAACCAGUGGUGAGGAGCUCAUUAAAGAAAAUGUUCAUGUUCCGAUAUCGCCAGCUAAAGAAGAACAAGAAUCUAAAGUCACAGUCACUCAAAGUAUUGGCAUUCAAAGUAAUUUAAUUGAAGUGAAAGAAGCAGAUGAUACAUCUGUUAUAAGCGACACCGAAGUAAGAGAGCAAAUAGAACAACUACGAGAUCUACAAUUAAAAAUACAAGAUAUUGAGACUUGGCGUGAGGAACAUAAUUCUAACAAUGAAGAUUGCAUAGCUGAGAUCAAUGAAAAACUAGCAGAUAUAGUACAAACAAUAGGGAAAUCAAUUACCAAUUUAGAUUCUAUUGAAGAAAAAUCAAAUUCUAGACAAGAACAAAACUCACCGACCGUAGAAGACUUAGAACGGUUACUAAGUCAAAAAAUGGAAGAAAUUAGUAUGGUAAGUGUUCAAAAAAUAGAAGAGGUCGUACAAAAUCUCCAAUUAAGCUAUAGGGAGAAAUUAUACGAAUUGGAAAACGAAGUUAAGCGUUUAAAUUUUGAAAGUCAAUCGAUACAACAUGAGGAGUCAUCAAAUAAUACUAAUCAUGAACACGAUGGAAGGAGUACGAAAAUGAAUAACAUUGAAGUGGAAAGUAGUCAUAAAUCAAUAGAUAAUUCCGAAAAUACUUGUAAAAAUAACGAGCCGCAUAUAUAUGUAAAAACAAAAACAGAUUUUAAGGAAAAGAAUAUGAAUUCUAUAUAUAAACAAGCCUUAAACAAAGAAGAUAUUGAAAGCUUAGAUUCAUUAAGUGUCAAAAGUAAUGAAACUUUUAUUAAAACUAUAGUAAAAAAGGAUCAAGAAGAAAAUUUGGAAACUAGAGAUAACCUAAACACCGCUGAAGAUAUACAAACAGACGUUUCUACUGACGAUUCCGAAAGUCUUACUUCAAAUAGCGAAAGCGAGGCAAGUAAAAGUGAGGAUAAGAUAAGUAAAAAUGAGCAGAGAGGCACUAAAACUGCAAACGAUAAGAACCUUUCACCAAGAAGUUCGAAUAUUCAGAAAGGAGCUAACGCCAACAUUAAGAAGGAAAACAGCAAAAGAAAGUCUUUUAAAGCCCAACAAUAUACAAGAGAUGAUGCCAAACAGUUAAUAAACAAAAAACUAUCGACUUUUGGAUUUAGUUUAAAAACCAAAAAUCUACCAAGAAGCACUUUGAAGAAUAUUGCAGAAAAUCUAGCGGAAGAGAGGAGUAAACAGAAUCGUACUUUUAAUGUUACACGUAACAAAAUCAAGAAGUUUGUCGAUAAAAUUUGCUCUAACAAAUUACCGCAAAACGCUGAACAUGUUUUAGAAAACAAAAAACCCUUACGACCAGCGGAUGUGAUGCACAAACUCCAACAGCAGGAAACGACAACAACUAUAUCUUCGGACGAAAGUUUUGCAGAACAUGAAGCGAUAACAUCAACACCUACAAGUGAGAAACUAAAUAUCAAUAGUGAUUUUAAACAACGCUUGGAGAAAAUUUUAGCAUCCCCGAUACGACAACCAAGCAGCUCGAUUGUACAGAGUAAGCCUGUGCAAGCAAGUAAUGCUCCUGUGCCUGUACCAAGGAAACGUGUUAUGUUUAAUACGCUGAAAAGUGAUACAGAAUCUCUUAGUAAUGAACGCAAAUUUGUACAGUGAAGUUAAGUUAAAAAUUAUAAAUGCAAUUAUAUACAGUGAUGAAAAAAAUAAUAGAAAAGGCUUAAAUUACUGUCUUUAUCUUGUAUAUGCUCUGUUAAAAUAUUUAUUUUCUAAAGUCUUCAAAUUUAUAAAACAGUAGUCCAAGUAAUUAAUAUGUAAUUAUAAUUAAACAAAAAAAAACAAAUUUCCCGCAAUUCAUAAUAAAAGAAAUGGUAGUGUCGUUUUUCUCUCUCCCUUGUCAUACCAUUCGAUUUGCACCUUAUACGACAGAUAUUCCAUUUUUGGAAAUUCGGUUUUUAAAAAUUCUCGCAUUAUGUUCUAUUGGAAUUAAGCUCGGCAACUACGAAAGACAUACUAAUAUCGCAAUAUUUUUCUCCAUGUACCUGGACCUUGCUAUUCAAGAUGUAUGUUUUGGAUCGUUAUCCUGCAUAAACUUCCACUUUAAAAGCCUUUCUUCCUCUGCAUAUAAAAGCAUUAUGUUAUUAAAUAUAUGAAAUAUAUUUAUAUAAAUAUAUGAAUGUUGUCUGUUCUGCACAUCUUAUCUUUUAUCCAGUAUAUUGGACCAAUACCUGAUGAGAGCAUCUUAUAACAUUAUGUUACCGCUACCGUGUAAUGCUGUUAUAAUUGUGUACUUUGAAUCGCGUCCAUAAUUUUUAAACGUCUUACAUGUGGUUUCCCAUCAGAUCUACAUAAAUUAACUUUAGUUUCGUCAAACUAAAGCACAUAAUUUCAAUUAUUUCGCAAGAAAUGUGUUCUUGCAAAAAUUAUUCUACAGGAUAUGUUUGUUUUGCUGAGAAAAGGUAUGUUUCUUGCGGAAUGAGUUUUUAAGUCCAUUACUUUUAGUCUAUUUUGCAUUAUUCUACUUGUUACUUUUGCAUUUAACUAUUUUUUUUUUGGAUCUUUUCAUAAAACAAAUGGAUUUUUUCUAGCUUGCCGAAUCAACAAUUGGUCACACCUUUCAAAGGUACCCCGAUUUCGAAUUCAGUUUUCUUGUUUUUUUUUUAAUUAUUUGCAGAGUACACAUUUUUUUUCAGCAUUUCAUUAAUUUUGUAAUUUCUUUCAUAGAUUCACCUUUCUUUCUUAAAUUUAAGAUAUCUCGUUUCAUUUCUGUAUAAUGACUCUUACGACCCAUUCUGAUGAAGAUCACAAGAGUAUUAGUUACUACUAUUGCUGUUUACAAACUUUUAAAUACCACCGGCGUCAAAUAAAUUAACUUUGCCAGAAUUGUUUUUAUAAUAAAAUAUGUACCUAUUUCUAUUUUUUUUUUCCAACCCAAAACUGCCGAAAUAGGUGUAACAGCAAAAGUAAAUUAAAGUAUCUCAUCAAAAUAACAUAUUCAGUGGACUACAUGCAUAUAACAUUUCAAAAAAAUAAAAUAUACUCCUUGAAGUAGUACAAACCUUCUCGUUUCUAUUAUUUUUCCACCA